UGAUUCGGUGUGUGUACAAGGCCGGGGACGUGACAGCGAAGGUGCCGGUGGGAAAGCGCGCGGGAUUAGUCAGCGUCUCCGCGACAUCCUCUGGCCUGGCCUUGUGCGAUCCCGGCACAGCAGACAUCCCGUUCAAUUGCUCGUACUCUAUAGUCAUGUGAUCAUGUCACGUCACAGAUCUGAGUAUCUGAUGAUCAUCAGUCGGGUGGGUCAGGUGCGGUGCGGCCGUGUCGGUUCCCACGGCGCUCGGCGGGGUCAGACCGGGACCGAGGCGUGCCGCGUCCCCACCGGAGCCGGCCGAGGAAGAAUUCGAGCCCUAGGUCGCCGGCCGGCGACUUGACUCCCGAAUCUCGAUGCAUGCGGGCCAGCACGUACGGCUCCGACGGGACUGACGACCGGGAGGGGAGUCGCGCACUCACACUCCUCACACACUGCGCGGCCUUCGCCGGCGUGGGCCCAGGCCUUCCCUUCCCAUCAACAAACGGGCGCAGUACUGUUAGGCAGGCCCAGUGCGGUGUCCGGACUCCGCCCGGAGCGGCCGCGCGCCGCCGGCGCCAGAUGCUCGCCGGCCAGACACGCCAACGCCCCGCCACAAGCAGCGCUCGUGCCGCCGGCCGUCUCCCUCACGCAGACGAUGUCCCACGUCCACGCGGCGUUCACCGCCGCCGUCAACAACGGCGGCGACGCGGCACCCACGACGGGGUCGGAAGAGGACAGGGAGAGGACGACGAUGGAUGAAGAAGAUCCGGUGAGCCGCGCGGCUGAGAAGGCGGCGGACGUCGCCGGGAAGGUGAGGGGCGUCGCGGAGGAGGUGAAGGAGGCCGGACGAGAAGUCAAGGACCGGGCCAGGGAGGUCGGCGAGGACGUCAAGGAGAGCUCGGCUAUAUAUGGCGCUAGGCUAGGCCGUAGCUCAGCCGCUAUAGUUGUAUACGCGUAUAGUACAAUACCCCUGUAGCCGUCAAGGUGACAGACAACGCUUGGUAGUUUGGUGUUCGUCAUCAUGCGAUAAACUCA